AUGUCGGUCUCUCUCGUCAUAGUGUGUAAUUUGAGGAAAUGGGCCCUGACUAGCAAAGGGCUCAAUGGCAGCAUACCCCGCAGCAUUGGCAACCUCUCUCAGCUAACCUCACUUCUGCUCCAAAACAACCAGCUAUCAGGCACCAUACCGAGCGAAAUCAGCAAUCUGUCACUUGUCACACAACUGUCCUUGAAUAACAACCGCCUCUCAGGCACCAUUCUUAACCUGUGCACCCUCCCCUAUCUCUACGUUUUAGAUCUCUCCAACAACCAGUUCACAGGAUCUAUUCCCUUGGGACUCUCAAACUUAAAAAGGUUGCGCUUGAUGUAA